GCGGCGGCGGUCAGUCGCUCGUCGUGUGUGAGGGGGUGCGCCGGGUCUGUGCUUUUGCCCGCGCUGUGCCGACCGACAAAACGCAACGAUUGAUUACUCGACGACCCGCGCGGCCGCGAGUACCCCCGAGUCGUCGGUCCGCAGCCCGCAGCCGUCACAGACGAUGGGCGUCUCGGAGCGCGCCGCCGUGCCGCCGGGACCGGACGCCGCUCCGGCGCCGCGCGACGCCGUCCAGCUGCUGCGCGUGCGCGCCGACAUGACGGCGGCCGCCGAGGGCGCCGACCCGGAGCGCGCCGCCGCCGCCGGCGCCGCCAGCGACGACGACCGACCCAUUGAUGUCGAGGGCGAGGGCGACGAUGACGAGGAGGCGUCGGGCGCGGCUGACGCGGGCGAGGGCGCCUCCGGCGGCGGAGACACCGAGAUGGACGCCGAGUUUCCGCCCAAGCGGAAGCAGAGGCGGUACCGGACGACGUUCACCAGUUUUCAGCUGGAGGAGCUGGAGAAGGCAUUCUCGCGGACACACUACCCGGACGUGUUCACCAGGGAGGAGCUGGCCAUGAAAGUCGGUCUCACCGAGGCACGCAUCCAGGUGUGGUUCCAGAACCGGCGCGCCAAGUGGCGGAAGCAGGAGAAGGUGGGUCCGCAGGCGCACCCGUACAACCCGUACCAGACGCCGCUGGCGAUGCCCUCCAGCGCGCCGUCCAUCUCGCCCCUGCAGCCGCCGUUCUCGCACCUCAGCUACCUGCGCAAGCCGUUCGAGUCGCCGUUCCUGUCUGGCGGCGCGCCGCGUCUGUCGGGCGGCCUGCUGCCGGCCGGCCUGCUGCCCGGCGCCGGGUAUCUGGGCCACCCGCUGUCGGCGCUGCGCGACUACCGCGCCGUGCUGCCACCGCUGGUGCCCUUCGGCAGCCCGUACUCGCCCACGUUCCAGAGCCUGCUGGCCAACCUGUCGGCGCACCGGCCGCCGCUCGACUCCCCCGAGUACAAGGCGCUGCUCUCCAACAUGGCGCUGCCGGCGUCUGCACCGCUGCCACCGGCCAGCGGGGCCGCGGCGCCGUCGGCCGGCCCGCCGCCGCCGCCACCCUCGGCCGCCGCGCCGUCGGGCCUCUCGCCCGGCAGCCCCGAGCUGCGCACCUCCAGUAUCGCGGCGCUGCGGCUCAAGGCGCGCGAGCACGAGAUGAGGCUCGAGCUGCUGCGUAAGAACGGUGACCUGUGCAGUUAGACGGGCGGUUAGGCGGGCGGCGGCGGCCGGAAAGGCGUGAUAGGCGACGCGGGCGUCUCGGUUGGAACUUUCCGGGAGACACGGCCGGCGACAGACUUGUUGUUGGGUGUGAAACUGAGCCGGGUGAGACAUGGUGUGAGUUGUGUGAGCUCUGUGAGCUGGGUGAGCUGUGUGCGCCGCGGGAGAAAAGAGUGAUAGACGUUCUGAUUGGUUGGGAUAUGGGUAGUCGGAGCACGCGGUAGGUAUACCGCCGAUCUGCUCCGAGUUCGAGACAGGUGGCGAUGGGUGCACUGAAUCACGAUGGCGCAGUGUCGGGGGGUGGGAAUGGUAGUCACCGGAAGUAUUAAACUGUAACAGUAUUUGCAGUCCUUUGAAUUUGACUUGAUGUGCCUUGAAUGCGAGGUUUUCACGUUAAACGGCAACAAGAGAGACAAUCACAUGCGGUGGUCUCGCCGCAAAUAGAUAGGUAGCUAAGUACUUUAAAGAACAAAUGGUAAAAAUGUGCGAGUGUGAUGAUGAAUUGCAGCACGCUGCAUAGGUGUCAGCAAAUGUGCGUGUCGAUCUGUUGGUGGUCCUAAUUUGACUUUGCCGUGCAUUUUUUGACCGUGAAGACGACGCAUGUUGUGACUGUUUUCCUAUUUAAUAGAGCAUUCCGUCCUUGGAGUGGCGCUUUGAGCACACAAAUAUCCGCACGGGUGCAGCAUCACGCCCGGAGUCCUAUGGUCCUAGAGUCGUUGUGUCACUGUCGGACGGUGGUCAAUGUCAAUGUUGGGCGCGGCGGCCGUCCCGACGCUCGCCGUCCGUCCGUCCGUUUGUCUGUUUGUGUGCGUGUGUGUGUGACGUCACCCCGGGAGGAGUGAGCGCUCCCGAUACAGCGGUCUCAGGCCGUGCUAAUAUUACCAAAGCUUGGUGUAUAAAGUGUCUCAUUAAGUUGAUAUAAUAAAGCUGUUGAUAAAAUGGUA